AUGUCUUAUUAUUCAUACAAUGUAAUUGCAAGUGGUACAGAUAGAACAGCUUAUGAAGAAGCAUUGGAUAAAUUUUUCGCUCAAUUAACAACACAAUUCUUCUAUUUAAAUUAUGCUAAAUCAUUUUAUGUUUAUAUAUUAUGUAGCAAAUAUUUUCGAACACUAUUCAUAGAAAGAAUCAAAAAAAUUUAUCGUCGAUUAAUUCCUCGUAGAACAAAUAAUACAGUUAGACAUGAACAAAAUUCAAAUGCACAUAUUAAUAGAAGUUUACAAGCAAGACAUGUUCAAGGAAACACUUGA